AUGAAGGGCCUACGCCUCAAGGCUCCUCCAGUCCGAAUCUUCAUCCUUGGCGCCCGUGCCGAGUCUUCCCUCCCUCGCGAAGUGUGGCUUCAGUUACAAAACAUCUUCCCGCGCGCAUUGCUGCACCUAAUCUUCAUCGGCCCCGAGAGCAUGACCAACCGCGAUUCUGAGUUCCCGCUGCCCGAGCGCACACCUGAGAAUCCCUUCGGCGCCAUCGUGGAAGAUCGCCUGGGCGGCCAGAUGAAGAUCAGCACAUAUGUCGACUACUUCCACACCAUGUACAAGGCACAGUAUUUCCAGCCGUUCGAUCCCUACCUCGACUGCAUCGUGCUUUUCCACCCUGGCCUGGGUCAUCCCGCUAGUUCGCACGAGUGGGAGGAGACGCUGCCCCAAUUGCUGGAGACUAAAGUUCCCAUUUUGUGCACGGGUUAUACGCAGUUCGAUAUGGAGCGCGAUAUCAACUGGGUCCAUGAGAAAUGUGCUGGCGAGUUUGAUAUGCUUCUGGAACCGGGCGAGAAUAUCUUCCGCAGUCUGCGCUGGGAUCUGAAUGACCUCGAUCCCCAUGAUAUCUCGUGUGGGAACUGGGGAUUGUGGGCUUUCCGAGGAAAGAGGUAUGUUUUCUUGCGGGUUGUGUGA